AUGGAGUCGCCCUCACCCCCACGACUCAAGGCUACUCGUACAUACGGUCGGCAACGCCCUCGCGCUUCCUCUCCUGACUUCGGUAGCUCAUCAUCAUCAUGGCAGACCCUGUCCUCCUCGCCCAUGCCCAGCUCCUUCCUCGUCACGCCACCCUUAUCGCCAGUCCGGUCCUCGAAACGGUCGCGCGUCGAGGUCUUGGUCAACGAUGACUCUGGGCACGCCGGAAAGUUCCUCGACGAUGAGGAAGAGACUGUCGAAAGAAAGGUGGCGGUGAAGAAGGAGAAUGUCCCGCCUGGUGGAGCAAAGGCAGGUCUGGGGGGAAAGCAGAGCAGCCUGAAGGGAUUCUUUGCGCCGCUACCUCGACCCAAAGCCAAGCUGCCUCUCCGACCAGCCACUACUGUAUCCUCGCCAACAUCCGCGCCAGGCCCAUCCUCCCCCUCAUCAUCAUCAAACCAGCCGCAGCCCACAUCAUUGUCUCGCCAAACCCUCGCACCAUCAACAGGUCUCCAGCAAAGCCACCUCACCCACCUCCCGCUGCUCCAGACAUGCAAGACGUGCAAUAUGACGUACGUGCGCGGAGACGAGGACGAUGCUGUCCAUGCUCGCCAUCACGGACGCGUUAUGCGAGGUAUACCCUGGGACGGUCUAGGCAGGGGGAAGAGCUCGGCGAAGGGGAAGGACAAGGCGGAUAAGGGAUGGAGGGAGGUGCAAGAGGUCUCUUUCGGGAGUGGCGUGCAUGUAGGGAAGGGGAGGGUAGUCGUAUGUAAUGGGUCCUGGGGAGGCGUAAAGCUCGAAGAUAUCCUCCAGACCGUCGACCUGUCCCUCUCGUCCCCUCCACUCCCUCCCUCCAUUCUCGACCGGUGCCGCAUCUUCCUCUUCUUGACAUCCUCUCCACCUCCUCCUCGACCGACAGCAUCAGGCAGACUCCGCCCAGAUAUGCUGGCCAAAUCCAAAUCUGGUCGAUCAGCGAGCGGCGGGAACACCGAGCGCAUUGUCAGCGUUGUCGUCGCGCAGGGCAUCAAGUGGGCUAUGCGAGUCUUGAAGCCGGAGGAGGCGGACGAGGAUGUCAAGGUGGUAGACAGUGGUGGAGGCGUGAUGUGCGACCCUACACCGCUCGAUACCCCACUCGGCAUACACCGCCUCUAUACUAUCCCAAGCUAUCGCUCCCUCGGUAUCGCUCAGUCCCUCCUCGACGCCUCGCGCGAGCAUACGGUGUAUGGCUGCUCAUUCGACCCGACCCGGGGUGAGGUGGCGUUCAGUCAGCCGACGGAGAGUGGACGGGCGGUCAUGGAGAAGUGGGGAGGAGGGGCGGUCAGGGUGUUUGUGGACGAUGAGAGUCAGAUCUGA